AUGAAUUUGGACAAUCAUAAUGCCAAUGAACAUAAACAAAAUAAAAAACAUCAUUAUUAUGAUUAAGAUUGGCCACAAUAGUAAUUUACCUUAUUAUCAAAAUUCACUCCUCAAUAGUUUUAUCUCUUAAAAAUAUAACAAGAUCUGUAUUCAAUUUCUUACCUGAUUAAGAAAUUUAAGAUAAAAAUAAAUCAAAAUAUCCUUUAAGAAAGUUAUCAAUUGUCGAUACUUUAGAAUUAUAGAAAGAUGACCCUAAUCAUGUAAUUAUCCACCAUUUAUUUAAUUAUAUCUCAACAAAUGAAAUAACAUCUAAAUAACUAAUAUAAACAUAAAUUUUUAUAAUCAUAUCUUCCUUCCUGUUAUCGACCUCUAUAUCUAAUAUUUUAUUACCCUUCUUUUUGAUAUAUACUUUAUCCAAAUUCAAUCAAUUACUUUAAUAUUAAAAAGUUUCUCAUUUCUAAUGUAAUUGUAAAAAAAGUAAAUACUUAAAAACUAUUGAAAAUGCUUUUCAAAUAAUAAUUGGGUUUUAUUCAUUGAUAUUUUAAGUUUUUUCUAAAGUUGGAAUUGCACUGAUUUCACUGAAUAAAAAAAUAAAAUUGAUCAUCAAAAUAAAGAUCUUAAGCUGUUGAAGAAACUCUUCUUAAAAAUCCAGAAGCACUUGCUCCUAUUUUUUAAUAAUAAUAGACAAUAACUAUAAAUCAUAUAAGGUAUUUAUUAAUCUAUUAUUUUGAAAUAGCAACUAAAAAGGUUGUAAUUGUAAAAAAUCUGAAUGCAAAAAAAAUAUUGUGA